AUGGAUAACAAUCUGCGACGGAAAGAUACGACAAAGGGCCCUCCACUGCGCAUCCUGUCAUUGGAUGGCGGAGGAGUUCGCGGCUACUCGAUGCUCUUAAUCCUACAAGAACUCAUGCACAGACUCUACGUCGAAUCCGAAGGGAAACCUCCAAGCAGAGACGCCACCCCUAAACCAUGCGAUUAUUUUGAUCUGAUCGGUGGCACUGGUACCGGAGGCCUUAUUGCCAUUAUGUUGGGACGGCUACGCCUGGAUCUCGAGACCUGCAUGGAUGUCUAUGUCAAAAUGACAAGAAGAGUCUUCGAGACUGACAAGACCUUCGCCGGCAUUCCUUACAAACACACUCUGUUCAAAGCCUCGAAACUCGAAGAGGCCAUCCGGGAGUGUGUCGCGGGCCAUACCGUUUACGAUGACGAGGGAUAUGAUGGAAGAGGGAGAGAAUUCCAAGACCUCACCAGCCCCAUCAGUGCUACCAGCAAUGUGGCAGUUCGCCGAUCGAUGAGCAUUAGAAGCACAACCUCCGUCUCAAGUCCUUCCACACUCAGAAAUUCCAUUGUCUCGCCGAAUUUCCCCGGCUUUGGUAAUUCCAAUGCCACUCUCUAUGACGGACGCGAAAAUCGUACCAAGACGGCCGUCACAGCAGUCUACAGAGGUACAAAUCCCCGAACCGGUUCGUCGAUACUGUUACGAAGCUACGAUUCAAGAAAAGAACCAGCUCCCGAAUUUAAUUGCACUAUCUGGCAGGCUGGUCGGGCAACAUGUGCCACCCAACUCGCAUUCAAACCAAUACAAAUCGGUCAGAGUGUCUUUAGCGACGAGGGGGCUGGCAAGUACAAUCCAGCCGCUCAGAUCUUGGAGGAAUCGAUGAAUGAAUGGCCAGCUCGAGAAGUUGGCGUCUUUGUCAGUAUUGGCACGGGGAAACGUCCAUCGAAUUCGUCAGUGCCUGAUCAUGAGUGGUGGGAGGGGUUUCUUGGUGGUUCCAUGGGCACCUUUGCCGAAGGUCGAAGAAAACUCAUCCAGAAGAUCGAAGAUUGCGAAGCAGAACACCAAAAAAUGCUCAAGACCGAGUUGGCAAGACGUGGUGUUCCAGCCGAGAACUACUUUCGUUUGAACGUCGAUACUGGUCUCGCAAAUCAAGUCGGGACCAAUGAAUGGGCUGCUCUCAACGUCGUCACUACAAAUACACGAAAAUACUUACAAAAGACGGAUGUUCAAGAGAUGAUGAAAGAAGGUGCUCUUAAGAUGGCCAAAAUUGAACUCAUGAAGAAACGAUUCGAUCGACGUGGACUUGGUGAAAGCCACAGUCGUGACUCAAGCUGGGGCUAUCGCGAGUCUGAGUCUUUGAACGUGCCUCAACCACCCUUGGCCCCAGUACAUCCAGGUGCUGUAGAACUUCCAGCAGAAGAUAACGGUCAACGCACUCCCACCACACGCCAAAGGACUCCUGGUAAUCCACCAUAUCCAUUGGAGGGCUCGGCAGCCAUGCAGGACAAGUUCUCGGUCAUCUCUGGUGACUCAAAUUCAUCACGGGUCUCCAGCAAUCUACCAUAUCGAUUUGGAGACGAUGACAAGUACACAUACCAACCACCGCCGAAUUCGGCAUACAAUCCUUCAGAACCACCACCCAGACCUCCGAAAACACCCAUCAAUGAACCAGUCCAUCCCGCAUUUCGACCAUCACCAGGCAGAUCAAAUGGUGCUCAAAGGCCUCCUUAUCCGGUUUCCGAUGAUUUGCCUGCACCGCCACCAUUGGUUUCCAAAUUGAGAAAGCCAGAAUUCAUUCCACGGUCUGCUUGA